AUGGCAUACCAACAACAACCACAAGGCCAGCAAGGAGUAUCCUUUGAUCUGGCAUCGAUGAACAACACAUUACCAGCUAUUAACCACCGACCACAGCACCCGUCGCAGUACAUUCACAAUCACGCCCAAUCGUAUAGUCCAACCACGUCGCCACCCAUGGCUCACCAAAUGGCCCCAAUCCCUCCAUAUGGUGGCCCAGCAAUGCCAAUGCCGAACCACUCAUACUAUGUCCAGUCACAGCAGAUGCCACACUAUUAUCCCACGGGCAACCCGCCUCAUGGCCAAAGCCAGGGGCGCCAAGGCGUGGUUUAUUACCCCAAUCAAAUCAUGAUGAACCCGUCACAACAGAACUUUUACUACUCACAUGAUGCUCAGUUUUCAGGUCAUUUACCAGCGAUACCUGCAAAUGUUGUGACGGGAGCAUACAUGACUGGCAUUUCGAAACCUGAUGCUCGCAACUCGGCUCGAUUUGCCGGUGGACAGUACGAUCAGGGCCCGUGGCUCCAGAACCACGAGACUAUGAACAGCAACGGAGAAUACGGCAACCGAUCAGAUACCUCCUCUGCGAAGCAAAACACAGUACGUGGCCCGCCUCGAAAGCCACGGCAGAGCGGACACGCUCUUUGGAUUGGCAACCUACCACCACAAACCGACCUCAUGGCGCUGGUUCACCACGUUUGCAAGGAAACAUCUGGAUUGGAGUCUUUGUUUUUGAUUUCAAAGAGCAAUUGCGCCUUUGCCAACUAUAAAGAUGAAGCUGCAUGCUCCAUAGCACAGCAAAGCCUACACGAUUCCAAGUUUCAGUCUGUCCGACUUGUUAGCCGUUUACGAAAGAGCACAGUGGAAGGGACCACAGGAAACAUGGCACCUACUGGCCCUGCGGCCACCAUUUUAACACAAUCUCCAGACCAUGAAGACACUGAUGAUGACGGAAGUCCAGUUGACGAUUCGGAAACAAAGGCCAUGGUCGUUCCGGACGAACCAAGCACCAAAUCCGCUUCGCCAACGUCGAGGCGGGACAGCCAGGCCCGUCAGCACGUGGACAAGUUUUUCAUUUUAAAGAGCUUAACGACUGAAGAUUUGGAUUUGAGCGUGCAGACGGGCAUAUGGGCUACCCAGUCUCACAACGAGAACAAUCUCAAUACGGCGUUUCAGGCUGCGGAUAAUGUUUAUUUGAUAUUCUCUGCUAAUAAGUCUGGCGAAUACUUUGGUUACGCACGCAUGGUCUCAGAAAUUAACGAAGACCCUGCGGCGGCAAUCGAAUUUGCUCCCAAAGUUGUUGCUACCGCCGAUGUCGAUUUACCGAAAGCGAUCCCUACCGAUGCCACCGAGUUUGCCCCCAAGGGUAAAAUUAUAGACGAUUCCGCUCGCGGUACAAUCUUUUGGGAGGCGGAAAGGGACGACUCCGAAACUGGAUCUGAUUUUGACAGUGAAAAUACAAGCGAUGACAAGGUCGAUGGGUCAGACGAAGACACAAAGGUAUGGGGGAAGCCAUUCAAGCUGGAAUGGCUCUCCACCAACCGGCUGCCUUUCUUUCGGACCCGGGGCUUGCGCAAUCCUUGGAAUUCAAACAGAGAGGUCAAAAUAGCGAGAGAUGGCACCGAGCUCGAGCCAUCAGUCGGCCGCAGGCUAAUUGGCCUUUUCAACCGCGUACAGAGUCCAACCAUGGUUGCGGUUCCGGUGCGAGGGCCAAUGAAUUUCGUGCCCGGGUAUCCGCCAGUACGCCCAUAUGGACAAUGA